AAUUAAAAUAGUAAAGAUCUACCUUUUGGUAAAUCCUUGUAGCUUGCAUCUAUAGUAAUAAGUCCUCCUUCUAUCCAUUUGAGUAUGCCGAGGACGGAGAUCCGUUUGGACAUUUGUCGUAUCAAAGACGACAAAAAACGUAGCGUCACAUUCUCCAAGCGGCAUGCUAAUUUGUUCAAAAGUGCCAGUAACCUCUCCGCCCUCACUGGCGUGAGGGUUGCUAUUAUCGUGGAGAAUGAUUCAGGAAAGAUGUAUGCCUUUGGGACACCAGCGGUGCAACCCAUUGUUGAUUCUUUCCUGUCAGGAAAUCCACUUAGUGAGCCUCUCGGCGAUGAGGCGACGAAAGGUAGGAUUAAAUUGCUGCAGAGAAAGGUGGCUAGGUUGGACAUGGAUAAUGCAAUGUUAGAGAGGAGAGAAAACCUCUCCCUCGAGCAUAUCAAGAAUAUCCAAGUUCAAAAUCCAGGUAUCGCAGCAAAUAAUAUCUUCUCCAAGCAAGAAAAUCUUAGCCUUGAAGAUCUCCAAGGGCUCCUCAAUGACCUCAUGAGAGUCAAGGAAGAUAUAAGACGACGUCUACCUCCACUACAACAUGGAGACGAACCUAACACCGGUGGUCCAAACAUGCAAAAAACUCAGUUGCUGCCAAGUGGCCCAUUAGGAGAUCACUUGAAGAUUCUUCAGGUGCCACUACAACCAUCAUCAUCACAAUAUCUUACACCUCAAGUAAUGCCUCCAAUUCAAGUAACAUCAGAAUCACAACACACUAUGGAACCACAUUUUCCUUCGGAGAUGUUCCAGUACCUAUCAUCACCUUCAGCACUGGAGUUCACGCCCCUCCUUCAACCAGUUCCUUGUCAGGUAUCAAAAAUGUUCCACUGCACAUCCCUACUUCAACCGGUUAUUGACCAUUCACAAGAUUUACCUCCACCACUUCACCAACAAGUACAAGACUAUGCAAGUCCUUACACGGCAAUAAAGCCAUCAAAGAACAACACAAUCCCUAGCUCAAUCAUUGAGAACAUUGUGGAUGCCUCCCCACAGUUAUUCGACUCCAGUGGCAAUGAAAAAUCCUUCAACCAAUCAUUUGACUAUGAUAACUCAACAAGUGCUCCUCCAGACCAGGCACAUGAAGUCCUAAGGAUGGAUUCUUAUUUGGGGUAUAAUGCUAACGAUCCUGGGAAAUGUAACAUGAAAUGUGAUGAGUGGGUCAAUAAUGCACCACCACACCCUUUCGAGUGGAACGAUGAUGAUAUUGAUGCUUGACAUGGAGGAAUUAUUUAAAUGUCAGUUAGUGCUUCCAUUUAAAUGCUACAUCAAGGAAAUAAGAUAUUUUAUUUCCAUUAGGUGCUACUAGUCAUCAACUCUUGCAACUGCAGAGGCUAGCUAUUGGCACAUAUGCUUUUUUUAAAUCAAUAGAAUUCUUAUCUGGGCAUGUUUUUUCAAGAAACAUAAUGAAAGAUUAACUUUACAACA